CUAAGAUGGCGUCCAGAGAAACAAGCAGCUGCUGCUGUUAGUGACGCUACCGGAGGAUCUCACCGACAGGAAGUUGCCAUGAUGCUGUGAAGUGGAGACCUGGCCGUUCUGUCUGUGAGGAGGAGAUGGCAGCUGAGCUUCUCUCCACCAGCCUCCCCCACGGUAACCAGGAGGAGGAGGAGGAGGAGGAGGAGCUUGAGGCCAAGAAGAGUUUCAUCGUGCUGCGCGACCCGGAGUCCACGUCCCAAACCGGCUGUGAGCGAGACGCCGAUCAGACUAAUGGCAGCAUCCCUGGUGGCGAGGAGAGGAACAGCUGGCAGGCAGCACACCCCACCCUCAGAGAGAGGAACGCACUGAUGUUUAACAACGAGCAGAUGGCCGACGCCCACUUCAUCGUGGGGCCUCCAGGAGAAACUCAGAUGGUUCCUGCUCAUAAGUACGUCCUGGCCGUGGGCAGCUCGGUGUUCGGAGCCAUGUUUUAUGGAGAUCUGGCCGAGGGACGAUCUGAGAUCCACAUCCCCGACGUGGAGCCCACGGCUUUCCUCAUCCUGUUAAAGUACAUGUACAGUGACGACAUCGAGCUGGAGGCCGACACCGUGCUCGCCACCCUCUAUGCUGCAAAGAAAUACAUUGUUCCUGUUCUGGCGAAGGCGUGCGUGACCUUCCUGGAGACGAGUCUGGAGGCAAAGAACGCCUGCGUCCUUCUGUCUCAGAGCUGUCUGUUUGAGGAGCCGGAGCUGAGGCAGCGCUGCUGGGAGGUGAUCGAUGCUCAAGCUGAGCUCGCUCUGCGCUCGGAAGGUUUCAGCGAGAUCGACACGUCCACGCUGGAGGUCAUCCUGCAGAGAGACACCCUCAAUGUCCCUGAGGUGGUGGUCUUCCAGGCCGUGCUGAGCUGGUCAGUGGCUGAGUGUCAGCGGCAGAGCCUGGCUGUGAACCCCAGGAACCAGCGUGUGGCGCUGGGCAAGGCUCUGCACCUGGUCCGGAUCCCCUCCAUGACGCUGCAGGAGUUUGCAGACGUUGUGGCGCAGUCUGAAAUUUUAACGCUGAAAGAAACCCGCGACAUCUUCCUGUGGUUCACCGCCUCCAGCAAACCUCGACUGGACUUCCCUCUGGGGAAGCGGGCUGGCCUGGCGCCACAGAGGUGCCAUCGUUUCCAGUCCUCGGCCUACCGCAGUAACCAGUGGCGCUACAGGGGGCGCUGUGACAGCAUCCAGUUUGCGGUGGACAAGAGAAUCUUCAUGGCUGGACUGGGCUUGUACGGGUCGAGCAGCGGGAAGGCAGAAUACAGUGUGAAGAUUGAACUGAAGAGGCAGGGAACCAUCCUGGCCCAGAACCUCACCAAGUUCCUGUCGGACGGAUCGAGCAGCACGUUUCCUGUGUGGUUCGAACAUCCGGUGCAGGUGGAGCCGGACACCUUCUACACCGUCAGCGCCGUCCUGGACGGGAAUGAGCUGAGUUACUUUGGACAGGAGGGGAUGACCGAGGUGCAGUGUGGGAAAGUGACCUUCCAGUUCCAGUGUUCCUCGGACAGUACCAAUGGGACUGGAGUGCAGGGGGGUCAGAUCCCUGAGAUGGUCUUUUACUGCUGAAUCAUCCUGAUGGACCGACUGUUAGCGCUGCUCAUUCUGACUGACCUGUAGUAGGAAUCUGAAGCUGCUUCAGACUCCAGAUCAGAUCCAGAGUUUGUUUCACAGCUGAACAUCUCAGCAGCAGGUUUCCUCACAGACUCGUUCAGCAUCACAUCCUCCUCCUGGUUCAGGUGAGAGGUGGAGCAGCCGGGGGGGG